CGGCACGCCUAGUUCCGGUAUUACGGUAACUGAAAGGCUGCGGUGCCUCUGUGUCCGACAGACCGGUGUUUUAUUGGAAGACGCCGAGCCGAACAGGUCUCGGAUGUUAUCCUCUCUGCCGAGACACGGACAUCACUUAAACUAGCCAGGUCCAACUUGGAGUAUUUAUCACUUGGCUUUUUCAAGAACCUCAGUUCCCACGUUGUGACAUUUUGGAGCAACAGAGAUUCCUUGGAUUCUUCUUGACUCAUCCUCCAAAGUCCCUGACCACAUAAAGAGAAAUUGAGAUUCCCAACCCCUUGCCCGGUCUUGCCAGCUGCUAUUUAGCAACAGCAUGGCAGACAGUCGACAACCAGAAGACAGCGCCCCCCAGUGGGACCCAUCAGGGGGGCAAGAACCUGGCGGCACCCAUGGAGCAAACAGCUACUCUUCAUCAGCCUACCGGACCUGCCAGCCUGGAGGGGCCCACAUGACCACCGCUCCUUACACUGCAAGGGAGAAUGGAUUUAAUGGCGAACUAGCUGGAGCUCCCGCUAUCACUGCAGAGCAAGUUUCGGCACGGAUUGUGCAGGAAGUGACGGCAGAGGCAGUGGCGGUGCUAAAGGGAGAACAGGAGACUCAGCGGCUGCCGUCAGUUGAAGAUACCACAAACUUGCCUCCCUCCCCUCCCCCUUCGCCUGCAGCUGAACACUUUGGUCCCUUGGAGCAAGAUGUAGGGGAUGAGGAGGAGGCGGGCCCUCUCCGCCGCUUCCAAAAUUCUCGGGAGAGGUGCAAGUUCCUCGCCCCCUCCAUCUCAGUUUCCGUGCCUGAGGACGACCCCUACCACUCCGACGAGGAGUACUAUGAUCACCCAUUGUUCAGCCCAGAGUGGACGCACUCGGGCGCUCGCCCCACAGGGCACGCCGUGGCCUUUAGACAGAUUGAAGAAGAGACCAUGGAGGCUCUUACAGCUGAAUACGAGGAAGAGGAGGAAGAGGAGGAGGAGGAGGAGAGUGCAGAGGCAGCAAUGUCUGAAGCAGCUCUUGAUGAGCAGCAGUGGAGUGGGGAAGAGCCCGAGCUGGACAGCCCCAAAGCUGAACUCUUAGAUCAGACAGAGGCCUUAGACGAGGCACAGGUUGUAGACCUGGGGCAGUCUGAGGCAGCUAGUGCUGCCACAGAAAGCUCUGUGGACAGAGAGGAGGAGGAGGAAGAGGAUGCAGAGGGUGAGGAAAGCCAUGAGACAGCUUUGAAGAUGGAUGCAGACAAGCAGGACAGUGAGUCGAUGAGCCCUGACAGCAUUGGAUCAGAAAAGCGCCCUGAGGAGUUUUUUGAGCCUCAGAUGCAAGGUUUCUUUGCUGGUGAACGAGUUGUACCGGAGAGCCCGACCAUGGAUAUGCCAUCUUUUGUGCCUCCAGAUGUUCAAAUCCAAGCCAAAGAACCAGUCAGAUCUCUCACACUUCAGCCCACGUAUGGGGAGCCAAUCACAGUGUCAGAAAAACAGCCAUCAGUGGAGGUGGUGGAGUUCAGCAGCAUCACUGCUCCUUCUGACUUCUCUUCGAUGGGAGUUAAAGUUCAGGCAGGAGACACAACUAGCGAGGCCAGAGACAAAUCAGGCAUGUCGGCAUACUUUGAAACCUCAACUGUGGAGGCUGAGGAAGGUACAGAAUGUAAGGGCGAGGGGUAUUAUGAACUGAGUCGAUCUGGUGAAAAAACAAAUAAAGAUGAUUCCACGUCCCAAGAAAUCAGCUACAGCACACUGGCAGAAGCUAAGGAUAAUCCUGGAAUACAAAAGGCUCCACCUGGAGAUACCGACAUGUUUGCAAUUCCUGAUAGAAGUAAUGAAUGCAGGCUUUCACCCGGCAAGCUUGCCUUAGAGCAGAGGAGUUACUCACUCAACAUCACCAUUGGAACAACAGAUCAGAGUGGACAAGGCAGGCAAAGAAACUUCACCCCACUGGCCACAGACAUCAUGUCAUAUACAAGUGGAAGUCUUGACGAAUCAGCUGACUACCUUCCAGUUUCUACACCCUGUGUAGAUAAGCCUCCAUCAUUUCCUCCUCUUAUCCUGGAGACUGCUGCUUCUGUCACGUCUGAUUCCUCUUCCCCUCCAAGAACUGCUGAACCACCAUUAAAGGUCAGUUCAGAACCUGAAUCUCCUGAAUCACCUGAGCCAAAUAAAGGCUCUUACAAAAAUGGAUCAGUGAUGACACAGGACUUACCGGAGAUGCUAGACCUUGCUGGUACCCGGUCCAGGCUGGCUUCAGAAAACACAGACCCUGAAAUAAUCCAGAAGAAGUCACUCAAAGAUGAUGUACCUACCUUUACUGAUGAUCCUCUCGCUAGUAUGACCUCAGGGGAGCUGAGUCCUGGUGUAAGAAAAAGUGAUAGUCAACUGGAAGAGAUGGGGUAUUGUGUGUUCAGUGAAUAUUCAGGGCCUAUGCCAUCCCCUGCAGAUGUCCUCAGCCCUACGAACACCUGUGGACACGUUUUUACCCCUUCUGUUUUGGAGGAGAAAGUUGCUGAACAGGCAAGAAAAUUAGCAGUAAGAGAUACAUCCUUGGAAGACAAGAUUUUGUCAUCUGGAGGCGCCAAUGUUUAUGAGAGGGAUGACCAAAGCCAAGGGAAAAGAAAUGAUUCACUUGAAGAAAGCAGCAAAUAUGAUUCAAAUGAUCAUCCAGCAAAAUCUGUAAGUGAGACACCUUUUGGUCAGCUCAGUGAGCCCUUUGUGACACCAACUGUCACUGUGACUCUAGAGGAAGGAGAGAGGUCAAUGAGUGAGACCGAACGCCAAGCCAGUGGCGAAGGUUCAGUAUCAGAAACCGAGAUCGCCGACUAUGAGAGGCAGAUCCGCAAGCUGGAGAUGGAGGACAGGCCUCUAAGUCUUGAGGAGGAGCGGGAACUCCAGGAGCUCCGGGAGAAAGUGAAGCUGGUGCACCAAGAGGCCUAUGAAGAGGUGGAUGCUGAGGAUGUUUACCAGCUGACUGGCAUGGCCAAGGACCGCAUUGCCAGGCCUGUGAAAACAUCACCUACUUCAUCUGUAGAGAGCAACAUUGAUGAUGACAAACUGCUUUCCCCAGUACUCUCACCCUCCAAACUUAAACAAAGAGAAUUGUACGGUUCACCCAAAAGAGCAGCUUCGCCUGUGUCAGGAAUAAACAAAGAUGAAAGGGCUGAACAAGAGAGGAAAAUGAAGGAAGACCAAGAAAGGGAAGCAGCUGAGCGAAUAAAGAAAGAUGAGGAAGAAAGAAGAAUGAAGGAGGAAGCAGAAUUCAAAGAAAGAGAGGAGCAAGAGAGAAGGGAGAAAGAAGAGGCAGAAAGGAUACUGAAGGAAGAGACAGAAAGGCAUGAAAAAGAGCUGACAGAAAGACUGGAGAAAGAACAUAAAGAGAGAGAGGAGAGGGAGAUGAAAGAAAUGGAGGAGAAAGAGAAGAAAGAAAGAGAAGAGAGGGAGGAGAAAGAGAGGAAAGAUAAAGAAGAAAGGGAGAUAAAAGAUAAAGAAGAACUGGAGAAGAAGGAAAAAGAAGAGAGAGAGAGGAAGGAGAAAGAAGAAAGGGAGAGGAAAGAAAUAGAACAGAGAGAGAAGGAGAAAGAAGAAAGGGAGAGGAAAGAAGAAAGAGAAAGGAAAGAAAGAAUGGAAAAAGAGAGAGCAGAGCAGGAACUGAAAGAGAAGGAGGAGAAGGAAAAUAUGGAGAUGGAACUCAACAAGGAGAAAGAACAAGAGAAACUGACUCAAAUGGACAAAAUAGUUUCAGACCAGCCAGUAGAAGCCAAAGGAAUGCAGCAAACAGAAAAUGUCUCCAUAAAUCUUGCUGAAGGAAAUCUGCCUGAAAAGGAGAAUGCAGAUGCCGAGGUGACAAAAGAGAUACCAGAGACCCACGCUGCAAUUGAAUCUGUGGUGAUGGUUGAAGACGAUUUCAUCACAGUGGUGCAAACCAUCGAUGAAGCUGAAGAACCUGGUCACAGUGUCCGUUUCUCUGCUCCACCUGAGGCUGAAACCCUCUGUGUUGGUGCACGGAAAGAAGAAGAAGAGGCAGACGAGGAUGAAUCUAUAGAGUUGGCUGAGGAAGCAGAUUUUGAGGCAGCCAGCCUUGAGGAGGUAGGGGAAGUUCCUGAAACCCCUGUCUCCCCAGCACAGGAAGCUCAGACCAGAGAAACAGAGGGACGGUCAGAAAGCUACGAUAGAGAUGAAACUACAGUUGAUGACUCUAUCCUUGACAGCUCCUGGGUAGACACACAAGAUGAUGAUAAGAGUAUGGCAACGGAGCAGAUUGAGCUUUUACCCAAGGUGCCCAGUCCAGUUAAGAAACCUGCUGUCAUACAGAGUAGUCUGACAAAACAACGAAGUACAGAAAAACAAGAAAAAUCUGUCAAACCCAAAACUAAAGGAGGGCGAACUAGAGGACGCAUCUCCACGCCUGAACGCAAACCUGUUCGCAAAGAGCCCAUCUACAUACCCAGAGAAGAGAUUAAAAAGAAAAAAGCCAUCAUAAAGAAGACUGAGUUCAACAAAAAAGUGGAGACUCAGACUCUGUCUCCGUCCAAGCGGAGCGCCAUGAAGCCAGCAGUCCGUCACACUAGGCCAAUCCAGCAUCACUCCUGCCCAAGAAGGAGACCCACAGAAGCCCUUUCAGACAGUCGCCACCCUCUUAGUGUUGCCAGACAGUCUCGAGACAGAGCAUCAGAUGGUGGGUCACGGAGUCCCGCAAAGAGAUCAUCUGCACCACGUCAUGCCUCUAUUCUGGGUCGCCGUGGCUACCACGAACACGAGGAGAGUUCUACCUCCAUCACCAGCUCUGGAUCAACUGCUCCCCGCAGGCCCACAUCAUUUCGCACUGAAAUGAGAGCAGAGCAUAGGAUAGGACGAGCCCCAAGCAUGACAGUUACAGAAUCGGUACGUUCCCGUUCAGCUCGCAGUGGGCACUCCACCCCUCGGACCCCAGGCUCCACAGCCAUCACCCCAGGAACCCCUCCCAGCUACUCGUCAUCUUCCAGAACCCCCGGGACCCCGCGCUCCCUCAGUUUGAUUUCCCAGGAGAGGAAAGUGGCAGUGGUCCGCACCCCACCAAAGUCACCCGCAACCACUCCCAAGCAGCUGCGCAUCAUCAACCAGCCACUGCCUGACUUCAAGAAUGUCAAGUCCAAGAUCGGGUCAACAGAGAAUAUCAAAUACCAGCCAAAAGGAGGACAGAUACAAAUACAGAACAAGAAGAUUGACCUGAGCCAUGUGACCUCCAAAUGUGGUUCUCUCGACAACAUUCAUCAUCGACCAGGUGGCGGUAAUGUGCGAAUAGAGAGUGUGAAGUUGGAUUUCAAAGACAAAGCUCAAGCCAAGGUGGGUUCACUGGAGAAUGCACAUCAUAUUCCUGGUGGAGGUCGCAUUAUGAUUGAGAGCCACAGGCUGACAUUUCGUGAGCAUGCAAAGGCCCGUGUUGACCAUGGAGCUGAGAUCAUGGUCCAGUCACCUGGUCUGUCAGGCUCAGUCUCUCCCCACCAUCAGAAGGAAAGCCACCUGUCGUCCUCUGGCAGUCUCAACAUAAUGGAUUCUCCACAGUUAGCAACCUUGGCCAAGGAUGUAAGUGAUGCCUUAGCCAAGCAGGGCUUGUGAACACUGGAUCUCUAGACUGCUGCUGUGCAUCCAAGACACUCUCACCUUUAAGAACUCUUCUGCCCUCUCUCGCCAUCAUGAAACAAAGUGGUUACCAUUGAUGCUCAGCACACAGAGGUCUCCUUAACAUCUUUAUCGCAACAUCCAUCACUAACUCUAAGCAGAGACUAGACUUAGAAGCUACUGUGUUUUGGUCUUCUAUUUUUAACCUUAAACAUGUGUUUUUUCUGAUUUGUUUUGUGGGUAUUCCUUUAUGUUUUGAACAAUGUUUUGCAUAGUUAGACUGGGCGUUUGCUCUAGAUUAAGUGGUAUAUCUGUCAACACUGGCUUUACUGGUCUUGGAUCAGCGUAUCGAAGAAGCGACAGCCUUUUUUUCUACUCUAAGCAACUAAAGACAUGGCCUGUACACCAUGCCACCCUUUUUGUUCUUGCUCAGCAAACAUGCAUGAUUGCCAGAUCCCCUAACAAUGAGCAUCUUUACUGUGAGUCAUUAUUGACUUAAUACAUGAUCUGUAAUAAUAAAAUUAAAAAUAAUAAUAUAGAGAUCUCUAUAUGAUACAACCUCUUUCCCAUUCACAUGUCUCACAUUUAAAAGGAAGCAAAAAUAUGGCUAUAAGAUAUUACUUUACAAUGGCAUAUAUGCAAGAACCACAUCAUGUUAUGACAAGCAUGUAUGAAUCAAAUAUGAAAAGAGGCUCUUUUGUAUUGAAGAAAAAAAAAUAAAUUUUAGUAAAUAAUUUCCUCAUUUAUUGGAUAAAGAUAAACAAGUUCAUGUUUUGUAGUUAAUAGAUGUUUUACAGUGUAAUGCUUGGUGACAAUGUCCAAGACUGAUUUGGUGUUGCUGAGGGAUGCAUCUCCGUCUUGUCAAACAGCCUUACUCACUUAAACCUGCUCAGCAGAUCUAUAUAGACGCCUGCUUAAACACUUGGAGCUCAUUCCACAAAUAUCUGUCCCAGAAGGAAAUUCUUUGAGGAGUAACCAAUAAAGGUUGAUGUUUAAAGUUGAUAAUGAUUGCAGUCUGAGCCACUGAAGAAUAGAUGCUACGGUAGAAGAUGCCACUUCUCCAAAAUGUAUGUAUGCGUGUGUGCGAAAGCAUGUGUGUGUGUGUGUGUGUGUAUGCAUUUGGUGCAGAUCCCAUGCCGUUUUAUGGAGGGACGCCGCUGUACUUGGGUUGUUUGUCGUGAUGUGUAGGGAGACGAAAUUGUUAAAGGUUAAAAACUUUUUAAAAGCCUUAAAUAAAAAAAAAAGAGAAAUACUCGUCAAAUGUCCACUGGGAGAAAGAACUCAGUCAGAUCCUGAUAUAUCUGUUUGGACAAAAUGUUUGGGUGAUCUAGAUUUUUUUGUUUGUUUUUUUCUCCAGAUACUCUUUGUGGUAUGACCCUCUUCCUGCCCAAUUACUGCCCCCAACUGCAACUGUUUGUUUGCUUCUGUGUUUACUCUGCAUCCCCCAUCUCCGUGUGCCUCUCCCUCACCUCUUGCUCCACCCUGCAGCAACUCUUAAUGUAUUUAAAAGGUCAAGUAGAUGUAUGCAGUUUUUCUCCUGUUGAUAUGACACCAAUUAUGAUAAUUAAUGACAAUAAAAAUAACAAAAAGUGA